CACAGCAUUCACGGCAUGAUGGAGGAAGAGAACACCAUCCGGCCGCAUCAGGAGAUCCGGCAGCUGACGCUGGAGGAGAAGAAGUUCCUGCUGGCCGUGGAAAGGGGCGACAUGGCCGGCACGCGACGGAUGCUGCAGAAGGCCCAGGACACGGACUACAUCAAUGUGAACUGUGUGGAUCCCCUGGGACGCACUGCCCUGCUGAUGGCCAUUGACAACGAGAAUCUCGAGAUGGUCGAGCUGUUGAUCAACUAUAAUGUGGACACGAAGGAUGCUCUGCUGCACUCCAUCUCCGAGGAGUUCGUGGAGGCUGUGGAGGUGUUGUUGGACCACGAGAACGUUACCUUUCACAGCGAGGGCAAUCACAGCUGGGAGUCUGCCUCUGAGGAUACCUCCACUUUUACCCCGGAUAUAACGCCUUUGAUCCUGGCGGCACACCGCGACAACUAUGAGAUCAUCAAGAUCCUGCUGGAUCGUGGUGCCGUUCUGCCCAUGCCCCACGAUGUGCGCUGCGGCUGCGACGAGUGUGUUCAGUCCCGACAGGAGGACUCCCUCAGGCAUUCGAGGUCCCGCAUCAAUGCCUAUCGAGCCCUGGCCAGUCCCAGUUUGAUAGCACUUUCCUCCAAGGACCCCAUCCUCACGGCCUUCGAGCUGUCCUGGGAGCUGCGCCGCCUCAGCUUUCUGGAGCACGAAUUUAAGAACGAGUACCAGGAGCUGCGAAAGCAGUGCCAGGACUUUGCCACCGCCCUGCUGGACCAUACUCGCACCUCCCACGAGCUGGAGAUUCUGCUCAACCACGAUCCCACCGGUCCCGUUUACGAGCACGGCGAACGGAUGCAUUUAAACCGUCUAAAACUGGCCAUUAAGCUGCGGCAGAAAAAGUUUGUGGCCCACUCGAAUGUGCAGCAGCUGCUGGCGAGCAUCUGGUACGAGGGACUGCCAGGCUUCCGGCGGAAGAACAUGGCGCUGCAGGCGGUGGACAUCAUACGGAUUGGCAUUCUGUUUCCCAUCUUCUCGUUGGCCUACAUCCUGGCACCUUACUCCAGCAUUGGCCAGACCAUGCGCAAGCCUUUCAUCAAGUUUAUCUGCCACAGCGCCUCCUAUUUCACCUUUUUGUUCCUCCUGAUGCUGGCCUCCCAGAGGAUCGAGACCUUCAUCGGUGGCUGGUUCUUUGCCGACUCCUCGGGCAUGCUCAAGGUGGAGGAGGUGCCCACGAAACGGGGAGCCAAGCCCACCUUCAUUGAAUGGCUGAUCCUGGCCUGGGUCAGUGGGCUCAUCUGGAGCGAAGUGAAACAGCUGUGGGAUGUGGGCCUGCAGGAGUAUCUCAACGACAUGUGGAAUGUAAUAGAUUUCGUCACGAAUUCGCUAUAUGUGGCCACUGUGGCUCUGCGUGUUGUGUCCUUCUUUCAGGUCCAAAAAGAGAUGAUAUUCAACUCACAUGCCACGGAUCUGCCGCGCGAACGCUGGGACGCCUGGGAUCCCAUGCUAAUCUCCGAGGGCCUGUUCAGUGCGGCGAACAUUUUCAGUAGCCUCAAGCUGGUUUAUAUAUUCUCGGUGAAUCCGCAUCUGGGGCCACUGCAGGUGUCGCUGUCCCGGAUGGUUAUGGACAUCAUGAAGUUCUUUUUUCUCUACGUUUUGGUGCUCUUUGCCUUUGGCAGCGGUCUCAAUCAGCUUUUAUGGUACUAUGCCGAUCUGGAAAAGAAGCGUUGCCCUGAGGUUUCACCCAUGAGUGCCCUUUUAAACAUGAACGGCACCAAUGAUCCCAAUGCCUGCAUUGUCUGGCGACGUUUCUCCAAUUUAUUUGAGACCACUCAAACCCUCUUCUGGGCUGUCUUUGGCCUGAUUGACUUGGACAGCUUCGAGCUGGAUGGUAUUAAGAUCUUCACCCGUUUCUGGGGCAUGCUGAUGUUUGGCACCUAUUCGGUGAUCAAUAUUGUGGUGCUGCUCAAUUUGCUCAUUGCAAUGAUGAAUCAUUCGUAUCAAUUAAUAUCGGAACGUGCCGAUGUGGAGUGGAAAUUUGCCCGCUCGAAACUCUGGAUAAGUUACUUCGAGGAGGGCGGCACCUGUCCACCUCCCUUCAAUAUAAUACCCACACCCAAAUCCAUUUGGUAUGCCGGCAAGUGGGUGAGACGGGUUUUCUGCAGCGGCUCCUCGGCCGCUCGGCGGGAACACCUCAAGACCAUUAGGAGAAAGGCCCAGCAGGCAAGUGAUCGCGACUUUAAGUACCAGCAGAUAAUGCGGAACCUGGUCAGGCGCUAUGUGACCGUGGAGCAGCGCAAGGCCGAGUCCCAGGGCGUCACCGAAGACGAUGUGAACGAGAUCAAGCAAGAUAUAUCCGCCUUCCGGUGCGAGUUGGUGGAAAUACUGAAGAACAGCGGCAUGGAUACGAAUGUGACGGCUGGCCAAGGUGGAGGCGGUGGCAAGAAGAACCGCCAGAAGGAGCGUCGCCUGAUGAAGGGCUUCAAUAUCGCUCCGCCCGGCUCGACGGGAUCUUUGGCCCCUGUUGCCGAGUUCUCCACCUCGCUGGACAACUAUGACAACCAGCACGAGAUCCUCAGCUCCACGCUGUCCACUCUCUUCACGCCGAAUUUCAUGCACAAGCGUCAGCAGAGCCAAGCGGGCAGCGGAGGCGGCGGUUCGGACUCCCCGACCACGCCCACUCAGGGACAGGGUGGCCAGCAGGGUGGGUCGAUCCAAGUGACCAGCAACCAGGUGACCACCAAGUACAACAAAUCCGCGCUGAAGCCCUACAACAAGCGGAUCGCAGGGCACAAGAAGAGAUGGGGCACCUUGAUAGAAGCCGCCAAGGUGGGCAAUGUGAGCAAGAUGCUGGGCCGUUCAAAGUCCGAGGAUUCGGUGUGCAAUUCCUCGCAUACAGCCACACCGGUUCAUGGCCAAAUGCGGGUUACCUAUGCCCAGAAUUCGUCACAGCAUAACUACGGAUGCCUGGGAGAUUCCUCCAGCACAACGGCCUCCACUUCGACGCCUACUCCCUCAGUUGUCAGCAAUCCGCCGGCAGCCCAUGUGGGUGUUGGCUCCCACUUCUUUCACACCACAAGCGGACUCACUGCCAUUGCUGCUUUGAAGAGAAAGCGCAAAAAGUUCUCUUCGAGCAAGAAUAUUUGUCCAGUGACCGAGUCUGUGGCAGCUGCAAAUGCUGCUGAAAUUUUAAGUGAUAAGACCCUGAAGCGCGUGUCCAGUUAUCCUGCAGCCGAGGCUGGCGUCCAGCACAAGGAUCCGGCCCACCAGCUGGUGAAGCCACGUAGACACGAGCAGACCCAGAGCCAGCACGAUUCGGUGGAGACCAAUUCGACAUUUACCCUGUCCAUUGAUCCCUCAAACACGUCCGUGAACUCCAGGGAACCCCUGAUCAGUACCAGUUGCGUGUCCACCACGGGGGCCAUUGGAUGAGGAGGUUUCGCCUAGCCACAGAGACACAUACAUACAUACCAAUACCAAAGAUAUAGCGCACCUGAUGCAUACACACAUACCUAGAUACUAUUUAGAGACAAUUUGUUGACAUUUUUGAUAUGAAGACAUAUAAAAUGAGCGGGAAGCUAAACUAACCGAAAACCAAUCUAAACUUAAAGCCACACAGC